AUGCCUCCCGCAACGUCAAUAAUCGAUGCACUCACGUCCUCACAGUCCGCAGAGAUCGCACUCCACGGCCAACGUGCGCUGACGCCAAUCCUCUCCGGCGCCAUCUCCGGUGGGCUCGUCGGCGUCGCCUGGAUAAUUGGGAUCAUCGUCUGGCUCUACAAGCGGCACCGCCGCUCGCGCGCGGCCAAGGCCGCCGGCUUCCGCUCGCACCGCGAGUACCUCAAGCCGGCGAAGAACGAGGACGCGUUCAUCCUCCCGCCGGACCCGGCCGUGCUCCGCGGCGUCGCGGCCCCGGGAGAGAAGUUCAUCGUCGAGGAGGACGAGGACGAGGAGGGGGCGGCGGCGCAUGGCGACGGGGAGAAGCACCACCACGGCAAGCGGAAACAUACGCUCAAGCACGCAAGGACGGUCCCGGAGGUCGAGGCGGAGGGCGAGACGAGGGUGCAUGGGGAGAAGGAGCUCGUGCCACCAGGGAUGGACCACCGCUCGUCGGCGCCGACUCGGCUGCCGGAUGUGCAUUCUGGUGAGACGAACGGCGACGGUAAGACGCCAUGA